AUGGCCAGGCAAUACUCCCGCUCAGACUAUAUCACCGACCUGGCCUCACACAAUGCGCGUCAUGACCAUGAGCGAGAGCAUGCCCGUCCCCGCGGCCCGCCCAUCCCCGACCUCCGCUUCGAGCCGACAUACAUGCGUAAAGUUGGACAGCAUGUACGCAUCGAGAGGACAGAGGGUGGUCUGGAGGUGGUACAUGUAGAGUGGGGCAAAGUCCUGUGGCUUACGACGAAGGAUCAAGUACUUGCACCAUUAUUGCAAGGCCUGGUCUGGGGUGUGGCCGGUGUCAUGCUGCGUCCUGCAAUGACAUCUCUUCUGGCGUCUUUCCGAAGAAUGAUCAUGCCGCAUCCGAGGAUCAGGAAGGGCGGCUUUACUGCUUGCGUAACACAUUCCUCUUUGUAUCCGUAA